UUUCUUUGUAAUAUGCGCCUACACAAUGUGUUCUCAAUAACUGCAAAGUUUCACGAAAUUAGGUUUAGCAGUUUCAGAAAAGUGACAAUUGCAAGUACUAUGGGGUAUACUGAUAAUAAUAAUUAUAAUAAUGAUAUGUACAUGUUUGUAUACACUAUCCUUCAUGUUUCCACAUGCCUGUAAUACAUUUAAUCAGUUGUACAUUUCCUUUUCAAAUAUUCUUUAUAUAUAUCAUUAAGGAUUUUAACGCAGAUUCAUCAUAUUGUUAUACAGUGUGCAGUGCAAUAAAUACAACAGUGGACAACAUUAAGUUUCCAGUUACUGCCAAUGAAUUACGCCAUGUAAAAUCUGAGUUCUAUGACAUUGCCAAAUUUCCCAAUUGCGUUGGUGCAAUCGAUGGUACUCUAAUACCAAUUAAGGGCAUGAGUGGACCACAGGAGCCUGCUUUUGUAUGCAGAAAAAACUUUCAUGCCUUAAAUAUUCAGGCCGUAACAGAUUCCAAUAUGAGAUUUCUUCAAAUCAAUACCUGUUUUCCCGGGGCAACUCACGACUCUUUCGUUUUGAGCAACUCGGGAUUGUCAGGUGUUAUGGAACAUCUCGAAGGGGGUGGGUGGUUACUUGGGGAUUCUGGCUACCCUCUCAAGGAAUGGCUCUUAACGCCAUUCUUAUCCCCAGCAAAUCAACACGAAGUGAAUUACAACGAUGCCCAUGGAAAGACUCGUGUUGUCAUAGAAAAAUCGUUUGGGGUAUUAAAAUCCAGAUUUAGGUGUUUACAUCGAACUGGAGGAGUACUCCCCUUUUCACUAAGUAGAUGUUCUCAAAUUAUUCAAUGCUGUAUCCGGCUUCAUAAUUUAGCUGUUUCAGAGAAAGUCCCCUUACUUGAGGGUGGGGUUGUACAGAACAUCAAUGACAAUGCCGUGUUUAACGCAAACGCACCAAGGAGAGCACAGGAUGUGCGCAUUCAAGUUGCAAAUUUAUUUUAACAAUUCAUCUAUUCAUUAAAUCACACACUUACAUUGUAAUAAAAAACAUGACUACUUUA